CAGAGACCCGGAGAGAUGCAGGCGGAGGACAUGGAGGUGCCGAUCAUCCAUAACCUGAACGACACCGGAGACAGACUGAGGCAGAGGGGGAAAGAUGUGUUCAAGGAGCAGCAGAAGGAGUCGGAGAGCUCCAUGGACUCUCCCAACCUGGAGUUCGAGUAUGGAGACACGGACACAGUCACCGCUGAGCUCUCAGAGCUCUACAGUUACACAGAGGAGCCGGAGUUCGCCCUCAACAGAGACUGCUUUGAGGAGGACUUCAGGAGCCAUGGCAGGAGGUGGAUCGAGCUGGCAGUGGAGGAGCAGAGGACGUACGUGAUGAGGCUGCUGGACGCUCUGGAGGUGACGGACAGAGACAAGAGGCUGAAGGUCGCCCGAGCCAUCCUCUACCUGGCCCAGGGAGUGUUUGAUGAGUGCGACACCGAGGUGGACGUGCUCCACUGGUCCAGACACAAUGUCUUUCUGCUCUACGACAUGGGCAUCUUCACAGCACUGCUGGAGCUGCUCAGCAUGGAGAUAGACAACAGCCAGGCGUGCAGCAGUGCUGUGAGGAAACCGGCCAUCUCUCUUGCAGACAGCACAGAGCUCAGAGUGUUACUGAGCAUCAUGUAUUUGAUGGUGGAGACCAUAAGAGUUCAAACAGAGGAUGACAGACCUGAGUGGAUCACAGCCAGAGAGGCCUUCAAGAAUGAGUUGGGUUCACCUCUGUACAACGGAGAACCCUUUGCCCUGCUCCUCUUCACUAUGGUGACCAAGUUCUGCAGCAUGAACGCCCCACACUUCCCCAUGAAGAAAGUCCUCCUGCUGCUCUGGAAGACGAUACUGUUCACCAUGGGGGGCUUCUUGGAGCUCCAGCAGAUGAAGGUGCGGGGCCGGGAGCGUCUCAACCUGCCUCCGCUACCGGAGGACAGCAUCAAGGUGGUCAGGGCGAUGAGAGCGGCCUCGCCCCCGGCCUCAGCCAUGGAGCUCAUCGAGCAGCAGCAGCAGCAGAAGAGGGGCCGCCGCAGCCGCAGGAGUGCCUUUGUUGAUAGCUUGGAAGGAGACAGUCCCUUUCCCAAGAAGCAGCCCCUGGUCAAACAGGACAGCCUGGACACGUACAACGAGCGGGACCCCUUCAAGAACGACGAUGCCCGGGACGAGGAGGAGGACCCUGAGGACACGGACAGCGGCAUCGAGGGCGAGGUGGACCCUCUGGACCGCGAGAUCAUCAUCCAGCCUCCGCCGCCACCGCCUCCUCUGAGACCUCCAACGGAGAGGGUCAACUUCCCCAAGGGCCUCCCCUGGGCCCCUAAAGUCAGGGAGAAAGACAUCGAGCACUUCCUGGAAACCAGUAGAAACAAGUUCAUCGGCUUUACCCUGGGAAAUGACACAGAGACCUUGGUGGGCUUACCCAGACCCAUCCACGAGAGUGUCAAGACUCUGAAACAGCACAAAUAUGUGUCUAUUGCUGAGGUCCAGAUCAAGAGGGAGGACGAGCUGCAACAGUGUCCGAUGACUCUGGGGGAGGAAGAUGUGGAGGAGACUUCAGCAGAGAUCCUGUACCUGGGUAUGCUUCCUAACCUCUCCCAGUAUGUGAUUGCCCUCCUGAAGCUGCUGCUGGCCGCAGCUCCCACCUCCAAAGCCAAAACGGACUCUAUCAACAUCCUGGCUGACGUGCUGCCUGAGGAGAUGCCCAUUAAAGCACUCGAAGGCAUGAAGCUGGGAAUUGACGUGAACCGUCACAAGGAAAUCAUAGUGAAGGCCAUCUCUGCUCUCCUGCUGCUGCUCCUUAAGCACUUAAAACAUAACCAUAUCUAUCAGUUUGAGAUCGUCUCCCAGCACCUGGUGUUCGCCAACUGUAUCCCACUCAUCCUCAAGUUCUUCAACCAGAACAUCAUGUCCUAUAUCAGUGCCAAAAACAGCAUCUGUGUGCUGGACUUUCCUAACUGUGUGGUCCAUGAGAUGCCUGAGCUCACAGCUGAGAGCCUUGAAGCAGGAGACAGCAACCAAUUCUGCUGGAGGAACCUGUUCUCGUGCAUCAACCUGCUGAGGAUCCUGAACAAACUGACCAAGUGGAAACACUCCAGGACCAUGAUGUUGGUGGUGUUCAAGUCGGCCCCUAUCCUGAAGAGAGCUCUGAAGGUGAAACAGGCCAUGAUGCAGCUCUACGUCCUCAAGCUGCUCAAGAUCCAGACCAAGUACCUGGGCCGCCAGUGGAGGAAGAGCAACAUGAAAACCAUGUCAGCCAUUUACCAGAAAGUCCGCCACAGGCUCAAUGACGACUGGGCGUACGGAAACGAUAUCGAUGCACGGCCCUGGGACUUCCAGGCGGAGGAGUGCGCCCUGCGUGAGAGCAUCGAGAAGUUCAACAGCCGCCGCUACGACAAGAACAAGAAUGGCGACUUCAUGCCUGUGGACAACUGCCUGCAGAGCGUGCUGGGCCAGCGCGUGGACCUGCCCGAGGACUUCCACUACAGCUACGAGAUGUGGCUGGAGAGGGAGGUGUUCUCGCAGCCGAUCCAGUGGGAGGGGCUGCUGCAGGAUCCAUGA